CUCGUCAUUUCAUUGGGCUUCUACGAAAUCAUCUCAAAUGGGCCAUCGAGGUCUGCGCCUGCCCAAAUUUCUAGCACAUUACACGAAGUGAUAUUCUGUUACCAAAACAAGCUGCAUCGGCUCGACUUUGGGCACACUGCACUUCUGCAAAGCAACCCGCGCUGCAAGUCAUCGACCAGCCGAACCGAUGAAUCCUGCCUCUGAGCGCGGAUUAACCAGAACCAGCUGAGAGAGGCCAUGAGAGGAAAUCCAAGUUCACGCAAACAUACGUGGCAUUGUCUUGCGAGUGAUGCCAUGAUAUCCCCUGAAGCCCAUGUCUAAUGGGGACAGGCUUUGAGACCCUCGCUCGAUUUCGCCAUGACGUGUGCCCUACAAGGAUCCGUCAUUUCGGAUGGGGCAGUCCGACAACCUGAUGUAAAUAAGUUGGCAUUCCUUUCCACCAUCUCGGGGUGAAAGCCAACGAAUUCCUUCUAAGUUAUAAGCGAAUUGAACAUGAAUGAGCCAUCCGAGUGCCCUGUCCGAUGUCACCGGUCCACGGAAUUCGAAUCAGUCGCGCUUCCAGAGCAGGCUCUUCCAUGUUUUCAUAGGGACUUCCUCCUCGACAUUGCCCUUAGCUCGCAGCCCUUGUGUCGCUAUUGUUGGCAUGGCCGCCGCUGAGCUGUCUACGCUCGAUUUGGUGAUUGCAAUGGGCAUCGAGUUCGACAAGGCAGGUACUGUCUCGGCCGUUGCGGUGAUUUCAGCUCUGGCGUUUGUCUUCUCGACCCCGAGCCUCCAUGUCACGGCUGCUGUCGCGAUCCCGAUAGCCACCACAACCAAGGCGCCCGCUGAACGUAGCUCAGCUCGGUAUUUGUUGCGUUCAGCUUCCCACGCAGCUUCACGGAUCGACCCAACCUCCGUCCGGCGCAAAAGCUUUCCUCUCGUGCGUGCCAGCACUGCCUGGGAUCGUCGAAUGGACCUCGAAUGGGACGACAGCAGCGCUUGUCCGAGUGCAAGCGCCCGACCCGAAAAGGCAGAUGCCGCUUUUCGAUAUCUGCGAGACUCCACUGCUUGGGCCACACUGUUCUUCACUGAGCUUUCCGAGACAGCCUGUGGCCCCGGUACAUAUGGAUCCACCUCACUCGAUUGAAUCAGCUUCAGUGAAGGACUGUGUUCGACCCGAUUCAAGCGCGAAAUUUUGUUAAAGUGCUGCGUUUCACGACUGUUCGACAAGGCUUGUAACGCGAAGAGAAUACUGGCUCGUUGGUGUGAUGUGUUGUGGAGUCCGCGAGUCGCUGCGCACCUACAUGUUGGGGCGACUGUAGCAGCCCUCGAGGACGCGUGGGUUAGUACUCUGGUCGCCAUGGAAAUGCAGGGGGCCCGAACACCGCACGCCUUUGCCUCUAUUCAGCAGUGUCGGCUGUAACUGCUAGCAUAAAUGGAGGAAGAAUUGUCUUCAGAAUCGUCGCAUCAUCAUUCUGGAC